GCACUGACGCAGCGCAACGCACUGAUGGGGCCUCGUCCCGAUGCGUUGUUCCGUUGCAAACGCAACGCACUAAUGGGGCCUCGCUUCUAAAUCAUCCUCAAAAAAUGUAUCGUAUCGUUUUGUUUAAUUUAAAAUAUGUUUCGAAAUACCCUCGUAUUUAAAAAGGAGCUAGAAAUCACAAAAUAUACUGGUAUUUCAAAAAGAAGAGGACAAUGCAAUUUGACGUGAGACGUGACGUGACAUUUGUUGAUAAAUUUUUUGUUUUCAGAAAUGUUUUUUAUAUUAUCAUUCUUAUCUUUUCAAGUAUAGAAUAUAGUUGAUUAGAAUAGUUCAAUUCGAGAUAAUAGGUGAAUAUAAUUAUCCUAAAACCAGAAAAUAUGACAAUGGGAGAUGAAACUCCAGUGACAACAUUAAUACUGCCAGUAUUAAUACGCCCUAUUUUAUCAGAGUUGGAGAAGCAAGAUGUUUCAGCAUCACAGACACUUCGUUCUGCCCUCACAAAGGCAGAAGCUUCCCAUCCGGGACUUACAUAUGAUUUUAUUAUGGGCAUUUUACGAAAAGGUGAUCUAACUGUGAACAUGAAUGAGAGUAUCUUACGUUUACAAGGAGCUGUAUCAGAUUCUGAUGUUGUUGAAUACCGUCUAACUCGUUCGGAAGAUGCAUUUCAAGAAUUAAACAGAAAAUCAGCAGCUCUGAAAAGGAUACUCAGCAGAAUUCCAGAUGAAAUAACUGACCGGAAAACGUUUUUGGAAACCAUAAAGGAAAUUGCCAGUGCUAUAAAGAAGUUACUAGACGCUGUGAAUGCCGUAAAUGGUUUCAUUCCAGGUACAACUGGAAAACAGUCGUUAGAACAGCGAAAACGAGAAUUUGUCAAGUAUUCCAAAAAGUUUAGUAAUACAUUAAAAGAAUAUUUUAAAGAAGGACAUGCCAAUGCAGUAUUUGUUAGUGCCCUAUAUCUAAUUCACCAGACUAAUAUGAUAAUAACUACAGUAAAGAGCAAGUGUGAAUAGGAAAUGGGAUAGAGAAAAUAUAAUGAUCUCUUUCUGUUAACAGUUCAAAUUAGCAAAUGACUAUGCAAGCGAUGGCAGGUUAAAUAAAAUCAAUAGUUCCUUCAUUUAUCCAUAAAUCGAUUGUGUGUGCUUUUUGUGUAUUGUAGAAAUAUUAAAAUUUGUAUUAUAGUUAUUGUUAUUACAAAAUUAUGCUAAAAUAUAGGUUGGUCCAUAUAUUCAAUAAACAAUUCAAAAUAAUAAUUGCUCAGGACUAAUAAGACAUACAAUUACUAGUUGGCACUAGAAGAAACCUAGGUCAUAACAAUGGGAGAUUCCAUAUUUUAAAAGAAAAUAUCUAGUUUUGUUUCUUCUGCGAAUGUUCCUAUUAUAUUUUUGUUUUUGAUCGACUCCCAAGAUUUUUUUUAUAAAUAUUCUUAGUUAUAGUGUGUGUACCUAUUUACAUUUAGCAGGUUAUUUAGCAAUUUUUAUGGCUGCAGUGUUGUCAGGUACUGCAAAGGUACUGUAAUAAGAAACUGUAAGAAAUAUUUACUAUUGUGAACAUUUUUGGUUAUUAAAGUGUUUUGGAUGACACAAGGGAAAACCUAAGCGGACUCGUACAUCAAAGUAAUAUCCAAACGCAACAUGAAACACAGGGUUAACAUCAGGGUGGCCACGUCAGUUUUUAUUUCUUCAGUAGUUUUGCUUUCAAAAAAUCAGUAGAAACCAGUAGUUUUUAAGCCUUGUAUAAUACAGUAAAAUCUGUGUUAACGGCCACCUGUCAAAAUCGCCCACCUGUACUAACGGCUAGUUUCAAAAUAACGGCCCCUUUAAAAAUUCUCCAAAUCAAUUAUGUAUGUAGAUUUCCUUAUUUUUGACCUGGUAUUUACGGCCACCUUUAUAAUACGGACGCAGCCAAAUAAUCUCAUAUUAUAUUUUAAAGCCUUCAUAGAAGUUGACCUGUUAAGCUUGUCUAAUUAAUUAUUAAUAAUAAUUUCUGAUUAAUAUAUUAAAAUUUAUUAAACGUAAUUAAUUAAAACGUAAAAUAAAUCUGCAAAAAUAUACAGGGUGUCCCAUUUAAAUUAAAUAAGUUGAGGGUAUUUCUGGUGAAACUGGUGUAGUAACAAAAAAUAUGGCGUCAGAUGCUUUCAGUGUCAUUGUACUUGCAUGCAAUGGCGUCUUCUUUAUUUCAAAGAUAUUUAGUAGGUUUCAUUCUUCAACGCAACCCUGUAUAAACAAAAUCAAAGCUUGACUAUCCUAUACGAAGACUGUUAUUUUAUGAUAGAGCACAUCGAUUUACCAUUAUUUAUUGGUUUGUAUUUUGCCUGCCAUUCUAUUUUAUCAUAGUUACUUCCUUAUAAAUUCCUAGGAGAUUUAUUAAUUUUAGUUGUGACUUUAUUUGUAAUAAAUUUUUAAAUAGGUUAAUAACAAUAUACACCCUUCGAAAGAUGUUUCUUUCUUUUUUUGGUUAAGGUUUAGAGUAUUAUUACAAAUUAUUAUUAAGAAAAUAUGUAAUAUAUGUUAUGAAAUAUAUAAUGUUGUUAUGACACACGUAUUGUGUUGAUUAAUUGUAAAAAAUACAAAUGAGCGAAAUAAAGUAACUUUAAAUUUUA